GCAGCAAGCGGGCUGCGGCCAUGGAGCCCACGUUCCCCCCCACCAUGGUCAUGUUCAACCACCGCCUGCCCCCGGUCACCAGCUUCACCCGCGCGGCCGCGCCGCCGCCGGCCCAGCACCCGCCGCCCUGCGGGCUGCCCUCGGCCUCCGCCGCCUCCACCUCCGUCUCGGCCUCGGCCUCCUCCCAGACGCCACCCCCGCCGCCUCAGGACAUGACUUUCAAGAAGGAGCCGGCCGGGGCUUUCCCCGCCUCCUCCCCUGCUUCGUCCUCUUCCUCCUCCCAGCGCAGCCCGUGGGGCUUCCUGCAGUCCCUGGUAAGCAUCAAGCAGGAGAAGCCCAGUGAGCAGGAGGAGGAGUCGCCGCACCCCUACGGGGCAGGCGUGGGCUCUGCGGCGGGGCUCUUUGGGCAGGACAGGCCCCCCGGGCUGCUGGGGGGCAGCAGCGGGGAGGCAGUGGGGCCCAGCGUGAUCCAGGACCUCAGCCUGCUCCACCAUCACCUGCACCAGCACCCGCACCGUGACGCACUGCUGGGCGGCCGGGGCGAGGGCCCCAUGGGGGGCUGUGACGAGCCCAAGCACGAGGCUGCCCAGGCCCGGAAGGCAAAGAGGCCAAAGCCAGAAACUCAGGGAAUCAAAGCCAAGCGGAAGCCGAGCGCUUCGUCCAAGCCGCCCCAGCUGGCGGGUGAUGCCGAAGGGGCCCUGGCGUCCCCGAGUCAGAAGCCUCAUGUCUGCGAACACUGCAGCGCGGCCUUCAGGAGCUCCUACCACUUGCGCAGGCAUGUGCUCAUUCACACCGGGGAGAGGCCUUUCCAGUGCAGCCAGUGCAGCAUGGGUUUCAUUCAGAAGUACUUGCUCCAGCGGCAUGAGAAGAUCCACAGCAGGGAGAAACCAUUCGGAUGUGACCAGUGCAGCAUGAAGUUCAUCCAGAAAUACCACAUGGAAAGACACAAGAGGACACACAGCGGAGAAAAGCCAUACAAAUGUGACACUUGCCAGCAGUAUUUUUCAAGGACCGAUAGACUUCUGAAGCACAGACGAACAUGUGGUGAAGCCAUAGCUAAAGCAAAUGCUGGAAUGGAACCUGGGUCAUCGAACCACAACAUGGGUAGCCUGGCUGCGUUGUCUCAGGGAAAUGCAAGUUCCUCAAGGAGAAAAAACAAAACAAAAAGUAUAUCCACUGAAAACAAAGGAAGUAAGUCGAGUAAUAAAGUAACUGAACCACAAGUCCUGAAUAAUAUGAACAUGCCGAAUUAUGCAGUAGAGCUUCCUAUCGUGUCUUCCAGUGGUGGCAUAGUUGGCACUGGCAUAGAAGAGUUGCAAAAAAAGGUGCCAAAGUUAGUUUUCAAAAAAGGAAACAGAAAAAAUGCAGACAAGAAUUACCUUAAUUUUGUGUCACCAUUGCCAGAUAUUAUUGGGCAGAAACCAUUGUCUGGAAAACAAAGUGGCUCUCUUGGAAUAGCAACCAAUACUGGUGUGGAAGCUAUUGGACUUCUUCAAAGUACAGGUGGUAAACCAGCUCAGUUAAGUAGCAACUAUGAUGAUGCCAUGCAGUUUUCAAAGAAAAGAAGAUAUUUACAAACUGCCAGCAGUAACAGUGCCUUUUCUAUAAAUGUUGGACACAUGACUUCCCAACAGUCUGUCAUCCAAUCUGCAGGUGUCAGUGUUAUGGAUAACGAGACUCCGUUAUCUCUUAUUGAUUCAGCAUCUCUAAAUACUGAAAUAAAGUCUUGCCAUGAUAAGUCUGGAAUUCCUGAUGAAGUGUUGCAGAGUCUCUUGGACCAGUAUGCUCACAAGUCAGAAGGCCAGAAAGAAGAUCCUUUCAAUAUAACUGAACAGCGUGUGGACUUGCAUGCUUCAGGAGAGCAUCCAGAAAUGGUCCAGGAGGAAAAUUUGAGCCCAAGUUCUCAAACAGUUUCAAGUGAUAAGGCAAACAUGUUGCAAGAAUACUCCAAAUACCUCCAACAAGCUUUUGAAAGAACGACCAAUAGCACUGGUUUUCCUUUUGGACCCAGUUUCCAGUUUGUUAGUCUGUCUUCAACUCUGCAUAACCACACUCUGUUUCAAGACAAACAGAUCUACACUACGUCUCCACUUGAGUGUGGUUUCAGCCAAUCUGUUACCUCAGUGUUGCCAACUGCAUUGCCAAAGCCUCCGUUUGGGAUGUUGCUUGGAUCUCAGCCAGGUUUUUAUUUAUCAGCUUUGGAGGCUACGCAUCAACAACUGACUCCUUCUCAAGAGCUGGAUGAUCUGAUAGAUCCACAGAAACAUUUAGAGACUUCAUCAAACUACCAGUCUACAUCUCAGAAAUUGACUAGCCAGAAGGAACAGAAAAAUUUAGAAUCUUCAGCGAGCUUUCAAAUUCCGUCUCAGGAGUUAGCGAGCCAGAUAGAUCCUCAGAAGGACCUAGAGCCUAGAGUGACCUACCAGAUUGAGAACUUUGCACAAGCGUUUGGUUCUCAAUUUAAGUCGGGCAGCAGGGUGCCAAUGACUUUUAUUACUAACUCUAAUGGAGAAGUGGACCAUAGAGUACGGACUUCAGUGUCAGAUUUCUCAGGGUAUUCAAAUAUGAUGUCUGAUGUAAGCGAGCCAUGUAGUACACGAGUAAAAACCCCUACCAGCCAGAGUUACAGGUAAGGUCACAAGUGUGACCAGGCUGAGGGUCUUUUUUUUAAUGUAAUUUUGUUUUACUUUGAUAACACUGCCAUUGGAAUGUUUCUACACGGUCCUAUUAAGAAUAAUGUAACAUGCCCUUUCAAUGCAACUUUUCAUAUUUAGUUAAUUUUGUUAGUGUGACUUUUUUUUUUUUUUUUUAGGUCUGUUUUGUUAUUAUGGUUUUUAAUCAAAAAUCAAAUAGAGUAAAAUAGGUUUUUUUUGGGUUUUUUUAUGUUCAAGUGACAAUGUUUAGCAAUCAGAUUUACAUAAAUAGAUUGUCAGGGAAUAGCUCAAAAGUUUAAAAUGCAAAAAAAACAAAAAAAAAAAAACCACAAAAAAAAAUUUGUUCCUAGGAUUAAGGUUUAUUCUAAUUGUUUUACUCUCAGGAAAGUGUAAUGAAGCAUGGGAAUUCUAUGCACCACUUGUGUGUUGGAACUUCCAGUUAACAGAUAGUGACAAAUUUAUUUCAAUAUUUUAAGGAAGGGAUGUAAGACAUUUCAAAUUGCUGUUUUUAAAAUCUGGGCUGAUCCAAAACUUUGAGAAUUUUGCUAUCUACAUCUUGUUGUAGCUUUUUAACAUCUUCCUGUUUUUCUAAGUGUUGCUCAUUCCAGAUGGGUGAGGCAAAUAUUUUUGGAUUAUUGGAAAAAGCCCAGAACAGUAGCUUUAAUAUAAACAAUAAUGUCCCUGGAACUCCUAUGUAAGGCUGUAAAUUCCAUGAAGAAGUUCUAAUGACAUAACCGUGAGAACAAAACUUGUGUAGCUGGCUCAUGUCGUUAGAACCCCAACUUGAAACUACCGUUAUAAGUUAUACACGCUUUUGGGAUAGAUUAUUUAUUAUACAUGGUUCAAAACAAAUGGUCUUUUUAGUCUUUUCCCUUUCCCUCCCUUUUUUUAGUGUAAAUCCUUUUUCCUCCAUCUUUUGUUGUCCUCCACAGUUUAACCUCUUGUGGUUUGUGGUCCUUCCUUGACUACUCCCUCCCUCACAUCCCUAGUUUAACAGUUGGAAUUAAAAAAGAUUCACAUUCCGGAAAGUGCGUAACUUAUUCCGCGUUUUUUCUGAUGUCUUACGGCAUUAGUUCUAGAAUAAAAAUAUAAACACCCAAUGAUUAUAUAAUUCUGUUAAGGUUUCCAUGUACAAUAAGAAAUAAUAUACUCCCAAUUGUACAUAGUAAGGCCCUGAUUCUGCAUCAGGAUCAGUUCAUGUAGAUCCCUCUGCCUAACAGGGUGCCAGUGAUGUAACUGGGAUUCCUUAUGGGUAUAGGGAUCUACAACAGUAUGUGGUUGCAGCCUUGGGGCCUAAGGCUGGAAUUCCAUCUGAGGUUUCUGGUGAUGACAUAAACUGCAAGAGUAAGAACUCAAGUGGUUUGUUAAUAUUGACAGAACUCUUUGUGGAAUUAUUGCCUUGUUUUAUGUAUAUUUUGUGGUACAUUAUUUAUUAUAUGUGUGAAUCCUGAUGAAUGCCUGUGGAGCCACGGAAACCUGUUAAAAAUACUGGUGGCUGUUCAAAGCUGCUGAAAGGCAGUAGCACUGCUCUAAACCACUUUUUUGCAAAUGUAUUUUUGAUUAGUUUUUUUUAAUGUAAUUUUGGUGAUGUUUAUGCUGAUAGUUUUUACGUACUCUUGGUGAUGUUUCAGUCUUAACGUACUUUUCUGAUGUCAGAAAAGUACCAGUGGUUGUUUGCAGUCUUAUUGUGUAACCAGCCUAUUACAGGCUUCCAUGUAUAAUAAAGUAAUUAACAUUGUGCAAGUGUAAAACACUUCUGUUAUGAAAGUGGUGUUUUGAAAACUAUGGAAUUAUUAAACAAAUUGUUACAAAAAACUGGGUAAUUUAUCUCCCACUAUCCCUCACCACUAAAAAUCAAACCCAAACAAAACUUGUAGCUUGUUUCAUCUUGUUACUAAUAUAAGUUUUGCUUUACAGUAUUCAUUUUAAUUCCAUUAACCUUUUUUCUGUACUUGAUUAUGUAGUUCAUUCUUAUUUAAUUUUAGUGCAGCAUGCUGCUUCUGCUCUCUAAAUACAGUGCCCAGGAGUGGAUUGGACCAUAACCACAAUGGUGGUGUCAUGCUUUUCAUCAUCCUUUUUUUUUGGUUUUUGCUGAGGUUAUGAUUUGCUUUCUUUACGUUUAUAAUGUGUGUAGUAGAUAUUGCAUAUGUAUUGUUCUGGUUGUUUGCUUUACCUUAAUACUAAUAAAAACCCAUUAUUCACAAAA